AAUUUAAUCUAUAGUUUAAAAAAAUAUGAUAUGUAUUUUUUCUUAUAUAUUUGUUAAUCUUUAAAAUAAAGUAAAUAUAAAGAAAUAAAAUUUUACUAUGCAUGAAUAUAAUGAGGAAGAAGAACAAUUCAGUGAAACUAAUGAAACCGAGACAAAAUUAAAAAUGUGUGAAGGACAACCAUUAUUUCAUUGUGAACUAUCCAAAAAUAUUCAUAAAUUAUAUAUUUCAAAUAAUGAAAAAGAGGAAGAUGAUGACAAUGAUAAUUUAGAUAAUGACGAUUUUAGUUGGAAUGAAGAUCUUGUUCAAAAUAGAACAAAAAAUAUUAUCAAAAAUAUUCAAACACAAAAUAUUAAUGUACAAAAUAUAUCUGAUAAAAUUACUAAUUAUCAACCAUUAGAUAAAUUAUUUCGUCGUUAUGCUAACAAAAUUAAUAUUGAAAAAUAUGAAGGUCCUAUUUUACCAGGACAUGCAACAAAUCUUCUUAUUGCAAAUGAUAAGCAUGUGGAAAAAGAUAGGUUUAGAACAAAAGAUAAACAUGAUCGUGCAACUGUUGAACAAGUUUUAGAUCCUCGUACAAGAAUGAUAUUAUUUAAAUUUUUAAAUCAGGGUAUAAUUGCAGAAAUUAAUGGAUGUAUUUCAACUGGAAAAGAAGCUAAUGUUUAUCAUGCAAUAUCAAAAACAGGAAUAGAAUUUGCAAUAAAAAUAUAUAAAACAUCAAUUUUACAUUUUAAAGAUAGAGAUAAAUAUGUUACUGGAGAAUUUCGUUUUCGUCAUGGAUAUUGUCGUCAUAAUCCACGAAAGAUGGUACGAACAUGGGCAGAGAAAGAAUUUAGAAAUUUAAUACGUCUUCAACAAGGAGAUGUAAAUGCUCCAAAACCAAUUUUACUACGUAGUCAUGUACUAUUAAUGGAUUUCAUAGGUACUAAUGGUUGGCCAUCAAUAAAAUUAAAAGAUGUUGUUUUAACUGCUUCUAAAUCAAGAAAAUUAUAUAGAGAAUGUAUUGAAAUAAUGUGGAAACUAUAUAAUAAAUGUAAACUUGUUCAUGCUGAUUUAAGUGAAUAUAAUAUGUUAUAUCAUGAUGGAUCUAUUAUAAUAAUAGAUGUAUCACAAGCAGUUGAACAUGAUCAUCCUAUGGCACUUGAAUUUCUUAGAAAAGAUUGUACAAAUAUAACUGAAUUUUUUAAAAAAAAUGAAGUAGCUGUGAUGACUGUUAAGGCAUUAUUUGAUUUUAUAACAGAUCCAACAAUAACUGAAGAAAAUAUGGAUAAGUAUUUAGAUACAAUAUCAGAGCAAAUAACACAGCAAAGUGAUCAAUGUAUUGAUCCUGAACAGCAAAUAGAAGAACAAGUAUUUAAAGAAAUUUAUAUUCCACAAAACUUAAGUCAGGUGAUUGAUAUUGAGCGUGAUAUUAAACUAGCAAAAACUGGAAAAAAAGAUUUGAUAUAUAAAACUCUUGUUGGUUUAAAGUCAGAUUUAUCUAAACCUAUUGAUACUCCUGAAAUUCUUAGUGAAAGAUCUAAAAAAAUAAAUAAUAUAGAAGAAAAAGAUAAUUUAUCUGAAAAAAGUAAUAACUCUGAAGAUAGUGAAGAAGAAGAUAUACAAAAUGAAUCAAAGUUUGUUAAUUCAGCUCGACCUCGACAUGAGAGUCCUGAUAGUAAAAAGGCACGAAAAAAAGCAGUAAAAGAACAACAGGCUGAAAAAAGAAAAACUAAAAUAAAAAAGCAUAUUAAAAAAAGGAAAGAAAAAGUACUAAAAAAGAAAUAAUUUAA